ACGACAUCUGCUGAAAGCUUCCCCUCUAUAGCGAGUAACCCCAUUGAAACCUUUUGUUCAACUCAUCCUCCCGCAAGCAUUCAACCAAUUCAAUCCAGAAGAACGCAUUACGAUUUGCAAUUACACACUAAUGAGUAGCAGAAUGGCAUCCUGCAUCUUUUGCAAAAUCAUCAAGGGAGAUAUCCCAUCGUUCAAGCUCUUCGAGAACGAAAAGGUCUUUGCCUUUCUCGACAUUAACCCGCUGAGCCGGGGCCAUUCGCUCGUGAUCCCCAAGUUCCACGGCGAGAAGCUGCACGACAUUCCCGACGACUCGCUCAAUGAGAUUCUGCCCGUCGCCAAAAAGAUCGCACAGGCCGUCGGUGCAAAGGACUACAACAUUCUGCAGAACAACGGCGCCAUCGCCCACCAGGUUGUUCCUCAUGUGCACUUCCACAUGAUCCCCAAGCCCAAUGAGACCGAGGGCUUGGGCGUCAAAUGGCCUAUGCAGGAGACCGACAUGGACAAGCUCAAGGCGCUGUUUGAGGAUAUCAAGUCCAAGAUGUAAACGAGGCAGGGCCGGUUUUUGACUCUGGUCUUGCUGUUGUCGGAGCAAGUGUUUUGUAGGUCUUUGUUAGGAGUGCGACGAGCUCAUUACCACGUAUCCUGCCUUUGGAGGCGGCCGGAGACGGAGGGUUGUUUCCUCAGCCCAAACGUUUACAAAUGCAGCUUUCCUCAAAUAAAAAUCAGCAAGAUUCACGUCGACAAACAAUUUGACCUGGGAUUCCAAAAUAAAAGCUUCAUCCACAGUCCUGAUCGAACGAAGAAAAAGCACAAAUAUGGCCUCAGCUUUGCUAAUAUACCCGAUGCGAACGCCGUGAAGGGGGGGGGACGAAUACGCCCUAUGGAAAAAAAUAU